AUGACAGCUGGACGAGUAACCAGUCAACCAGGAAAAAGACGGCGCUGGUUGUAGAUGGCGCUAAGGGAUUUUAAGGCAUCUGAAUAUACGACCUUGGGAACUAGCGAACAAGAUUGGUGGGUUUGCUAGUUCGUGUGCUACCUGUGGUCUUAAUAUAACCGGGCAGGGGAUGAAUCAGGCCAGUCGAGUGCCAUGUCCGCCGGAGGCUAUGUGGCAGCGGAAGUUCCCUACACUGGGCUGACGAAAGAUCAACUGUUGGAGUGUGCGUACCAACCGAUGUGGGUUCGAAUCCGGUGCAUACUUCUGGUAGUGUACUGGACGUCAUGGUUGACUAUGCUAGCAGGCGCCAUCACUCUUGUUUUGGUCACCCCCAAGUGUUCUGUUGCAGAUCCUCUCGAGUGGUGGCAAAUCUCUCCCAUAUACCAAGUGUACCCACUUUCUUAUCAAGACAGUAGUCACCCUCCCGACGGUGUGGGGGAUAUUCCAGGUAUUGAGUCAAGACUCGAUUACAUAAAGGACUUGGGUGUGGGGGCAAUAUGGCUGUCACCCAUCUACAAGUCACCAAUGAAAGAUUCUGGAUAUGACAUUCAGGACUUCAGAGACAUUGCUCCAGUGUUUGGAACAAUGGAUGACUUCCACUCACUGUCAAAGGCAGUGCACAAAAGAGGUAUAAAACUUGUGCUGGACUUUGUGCCAAAUCACUCCAGUAAUCUCCAUGAGUGGUUCCAGAAAUCUGUGAAGAGAGAAGUUCCUUAUGCAGACUACUAUAUAUGGGCUGAUGCCAAGGGAUUUGGGACUGAGGCAACACCAAUCCCACCCAAUAACUGGAGGAGUGUAUUUGGUGGCUCUGCCUGGGAGUGGAACCAAGAACGACGCCAGUUUUACCUCCACCAGUUCCUCAAGGAGCAACCUGACCUUAAUUACAGGAAUCCCCUGGUUUUAGAAGAAAUGAAGAAUGUGAUGCAGUUCUGGUUGGACCAAGGAGUGGAUGGAUUCCGGUUGGAUGCAGUUGCUCAUUUGUUUGAAGAUGAAGAUCUAAGAGAUGAAAUGGUGAAGGAUGAAGAUGCCACUGAUGAGUACAGUCAAUUGGAUCAUAAGUACACCUUCAAUCUACCUGAAGUGCUAGAUGUACUGCGGGAAUUCAGGAUUGUACUUGACAAAAAUUCUGAGAAUGCGACAAAAAUCAUGAUGACUGAAGCAUACAUGCCAGUGGAAAAGCUGAUGGCUUAUUAUGGAAACAAAUCACAUCCAAUUGCCCACUUCCCAUUGAAUUUUGCAUUAAUAUCAGCUAGCCAAAAGAAUAUUACUGCACAAAGCAUAUAUACAGCAGUCAGCACUUGGAUGAACAACCUUCCCAAAGGAGCCUGGCCCAACUGGGUGAUUGGGAAUCAUGACAACUCUCGUGCGGCAACCAGGUUUGGGGCUGAAUUAGUAGAUGCUAUCAACAUGAUUGCACUGUUGCUCCCUGGCACACCUGUCACUUAUAAUGGAGAGGAAAUUGGGAUGGAGGACGCAGAUGUGUCCUGGGAACAGACUAAGGACACGGCAGGAAUCAAUGCAGGACCAAAGAAAUAUAAACAGUUCUCGAGAGAUCCAGAACGCACACCAAUGCAGUGGGAUGCAGGAAUAAAUGCAGGUUUCUCGAAUGCCAACCAAACCUGGCUUCCGGUAAACACAAACUACAAAACACUGAAUGUGGAGUCCCAGCUGAAUGAAAAAUGGAGCCAUAUUAAAGUGUACAAACAGCUUACUGAGGCACGAAAAACUGAGGCCAUCAUGAAUGGUGGCCUGGACAUUCAUAUCCUAGAAGACUCGGUGCUGGUCUACACCAGGGUGAGAGAAGGCUUCCCUGGUUAUGUGGUGGUUGUAAACUUUGCUCCAGAUACAGUGACAGUGGACAUCACAAAUCUGGCCCAUAUGCCAAAUGAGUCUUCAGUUUAUACGUUCAGCACUACUUAUGCACAUAGUUUCACUGCAAAGAAAAGGAUUUCCAAUUCUGCAGUUGUGCUGCCAGGAAAGGGGGGACUGGUGCUGACAUUUGUACCAGACUUCCCAAAAGAAGUCAUCUCACUGUAACAACUCGUGUAUUGCUGAAA